AUGGGUAGUGGCAGAAAGAGCGGUCGCGUACCCACCCUGUUCAGACCAGAUGCGCCCAGGAACUCAAAGACAAACGGCUCUGACAAAUCGGAUCCGGAUGGAAACGACCAUAAUCAACGUAACAGGGAUAGCUCUGUUAGGACGCCCGGAAGAAGUAUCACAGGUGCCGACAAAGAUGAGACUGACGACGAAGUCCGACUAUUGUACAACUCGCCUACUGCACAGGAAGUCUGGCUGCUUGUCAUUGGUGACAAGGUGCCACCGUUCAUCCACGACCUCGUCAGAGGCGACGACAACGAGAUUUGGACGACAUUCAGAAAAGGUGGCAAAGAAAGGAAUGGUGAACUUCGGUCCUUUGUUGUGGUCCAAGCCACUACAGUGCCCUUUGAUCUUCUUGAAGAAUAUGCCAAAAGGCAGAGAGUUGUUCUCGGAACGGCUCGAGGCCCUGGAGGCAAGGACAUCAUCACUCUCUCGCCUGUAGGCUGGGAAAUCGUUCUUGCCAGGCAGGAUGGUGAUGGAAGUAUACCUCCAGUCCGACCGGAUUGCGAAAGCGUCUCUAACACACCAUCAUCUGAAGCCAAAGGUCAUGCUUACAUGCUCGCCCAUAAGAACAAUGUCGUGCCGCAUUAUCCCAUCCCCACUACCAUCAAAGGCAGAUGCGACGAUGCAACAAAGUCAUUUGAGAACAUCACCCACAACGACGAUGUCGCUCGCUGUCAAUCAGGCAAACACAAAGCCUCGAACCCUCAUUACGUCUGCACAGACUGUCACCAUGAAGACCCCGCCUACAACCUCACCAAACACGAAAGAAACCACAUGAUCCGCGACAAAGGUUUGUUCCCCCUCUGCACCAAAUGUGUCGAACACAUAUCCGAACACUGGAAUAUCGAGAUCGAAGAAGAUCAAGAGUUGGAUAAUUGCACAUGCUUGAUCGGCCUUCCACAAUGGCUUUGCGUAGAUUGUUGGGUCGAAUUGGCAAGACUGAGAAGUAACAAGCGUGGAGAAGGUGAUAGAUGCAGGUGUAAUGGACGGACAGGGGGGAAGAGUAAUAAGUGGGACUAUGAGAUCAGUGAUACUGUACGUCAAUGCUCUGGUUGUGAUGAACUUGUCAUCAGGAAAUGGUGAAUGCGGAGUUGGAUACAUUGCAUAUUGGCUCACCACAUGAACGAAGGAUUGACAAGCAGAAG